AUGGCGGCAACAGAGGCGGUGCACCAUAUCCACCUGCAGAACUUCUCACGCUCCCUGCUCGAGACCCUCAACGGACAGAGACUGGGUGGUCACUUCUGUGAUGUGACUGUGCGCAUUCGUGAGGCUUCCCUGCGCGCACACCGCUGUGUGCUGGCCGCUGGCUCGCCCUUCUUCCAGGACAAGCUGCUGCUCGGUCACUCUGAGAUCCGCGUGCCGCCGGUGGUGCCCGCACAGACGGUGCGCCAGCUCGUGGAGUUCCUCUACAGCGGCUCCCUCGUGGUGGCGCAGGGUGAGGCGCUGCAGGUCCUCACGGCCGCGUCGGUGCUGCGCAUCCAGACGGUCAUUGACGAGUGCACACAGAUCAUUGCGCGCACUCGCACUCCGGGGCAGCGCCAGCCUGCACGCCUGCAGCUGCCCGCACCGCCUGCGCCCGCCAAGGCCGAGGGACCUGAUGCGGAUCCCACACUGUCCACGGCCCCUGACGAUGGCGUUGAUGACGAAGAUGAGGACACAGAUGAUGAGACCGACGGCGAGGACGGCGAGGGCGGUGGGCCAGGCGAGGGGCAGGCACCCCCUUCCUUUCCCGACUGUGCUGCAGGGUUUCUCACCGCCACAGUCGAUAGCGCGCGGGAGGACCCUCCUGCCCCCACUGGCCUCACUGACUAUGGCGGUGUGGGGAGAGACUUCCUGCGAGGAGCUGCGGCUACCGAAGAUGUGUUCCCAGACACCUACGUGUCUGCUUGGCAGGAUGAGGACGCCACCGCGGUCGAAGGAUGCCCCGCCGAGACUCCUGUCCAGCCGGACUGUGUCCUGGCAGGACCCAGACCUCCUGGAGUGAAGACCCCAGGGCCGCCUGUUGCGCUCUUCCCCUUUCAUCUUGGUGCCCCUGGGCCGCCCGCAGCGACACCUCCCACAUCUUCGGGGCUGGCCCCUGCGCCACCUCCAGCCUUCUACCCAGCCCUGCAGCCCGACACAACGCCCAGCGCUCAGCUCGGGGAGGCCCCAGCCCCACCUGCAGCCCCCGCUGCGGCCCCGGCAGGCACCGCUGCCCGUGCCCAGGGCGCAGAGCCUCCGGCCUAUGAGUGCAGCCACUGCCGGAAGACGUUCAGCUCACGGAAAAACUACACCAAGCACAUGUUCAUCCACUCGGGGGAGAAGCCGCACCAGUGCGCGGUGUGUUGGCGAUCCUUCUCGCUGCGCGACUACCUGCUUAAGCACAUGGUCACGCACACCGGCGUGCGCGCCUUCCAGUGCGCUGUCUGCGCCAAGCGCUUCACGCAGAAGAGCUCGCUCAACGUGCACAUGCGCACGCACCGGCCAGAGCGUGCGCCCUGCCCUGCCUGCGGCAAAGUCUUCUCGCACCGCGCUCUGCUGGAACGCCACCUGGCCGCGCACCCCGCACCCUGAUGGGCCGGGCCUCCCACGCCCACGUGACCGAGGACGCUCACAGGCCACUCCCUCUGCAGCACCCUGGCCGGCCUGGCCUACCUUCACCCAGCCGUCCCCGAACCAUGCCCUGCCCACCCCUCUCCUCCAGCUGGACCAGGGUCCCAGCUGGGCUUAACCCUUCUCCACGUGUUUGGUAUUUGGACUCUGCGGCAUGGUUUAGAGACCGACCCCCUCUGAGAACUGGCCCAUUUCCAACCUCACCAAGGCGCUCAGACUCUUGGAGCCAGGCCCAAGGUUCAAGUCUCCAUCUUUGGUUUGUGCUAAAUGCUCCCCUAAGAUGAGGUGGGAUCCAGAGUUGCCCCUCUGGUUCCCCACCCUGAGCUACCCCACCCUCAUGGACAUGGAAUGGGCUGGGUCUAGGGACCCCCACUCUAAUAAAAGGAUGGUGGGCCAUGGGGCCCAAGCCUGAA